UCCAGUGUUAUCCUCACCAGCUCCAUCCUAAGAGACUAAUAAUCACAGGGUUCCCGCACGCCUCGGUGAAAACAGCGAGCCAUUGCUUUGACGUCACGGUGAUGAUGAUGAUUGGAAUCCGCACGGCGAGUGUAGUGCGCGUGAAGCGGCUCCUGUGGACCUCAGUAUGUUGAUGCCUUAAUAACAAGUGUUCAAUUUACGCGCCAAUUGCAGGAGCACUCAAGGAGAGAAGCAAAUCCGUGAGAUGGUUCGAUAAAUGUUUAUGUAAUGGAUUUGACGAAAAUGGGUGCGAUCCACCUCCAGAACCCCGGCCAUCCCACAUUGCUCCUGCAGAAGGCCAACCAGAUGCGCCUCUCUGGGACAUUGUGUGAUGUGGUCAUAAUGGUCGACAGCCAGGAGUUUCAUGCCCACAGAACCGUGCUCGCAUGUGCUAGUAAGAUGUUUGAGAUCCUGUUCCACCGCAACAGCCAACAUUACACUCUGGACUUCCUCUCACCAAAGACCUUCCAGCAGAUUCUGGAGUACGCCUACACCGCCACACUCCAGGCCAAGCUGGAGGACCUGGACGACCUGCUGUACGCCGCAGAGAUUUUAGAGAUAGAAUACUUAGAGGAGCAAUGUCUGAAGAUCUUGGAAACUAUCCAGGCGUCCGAAGAGAACGACACGGAUGUGAACAUGAAAGAAAACAGCACAGAGGAUGACGAUGACCACAGGAUCAAGUACCUUAAGAGCGCAUUUAUGUCUAAAAAGCAUUCCAUACAGGACGGCGGCCAUCGACAUCGCUUGGCACUGGUCAGCAUGGUCGAUAAGAGAUCUUCAGAGUCCCCCCAAUGGGGUCUUUCAACCGUCAGCCCGACUAGAGCAGCUGUAGAGGGCCUGAUGAGCAUGGGACAGUCCGUCCCCCAAGAAAACAUGGCCCAGGGUUUCUCAAACAACCUUGGUAACUCAUCAUCAUUGCUAGAUAAAAUCAAGACUGAGAUGAUGCAGGUAGACGAGGACUACCUACAUGAAGGCGGCUUCCCCAGGAAUGGGGAGGGUGGAAGUGACUCCAGGCAGCACCGGGACACUCCUGGAACCCCAUCCAGAGGUAGCGUCAUCACCAGCGCCCGCGAGCUCCACUCUGCCGAUAGUUCUGCUGAUUCCCAAGGAGACAACACUCAAGUGGGUCUGGUCAAUAUGGCCAGUCUGGCUGAUAGACAUUUCACUUCACUGUGCUCUAUCCCGUCCAACCAUAAGAGUGAAAGCAUGCUGCCCUUGCCUGUGUCCAUGGCCUCGUCGCUACAUGUGCCGUCCUCCCUGGCCAUGUCGAUGGAUUUCAGUGCCUAUGGGGGGCUCUUCCAUCAGAGCUUGAUUCAGAGGGAGUUCUUAAGCAAGCUCGGGGAUUUCACAGCGAAUGUGAAACAUGAGGUCCAAGCCCAGAAAGAAAGAUGUGAGGUGUGUGAUAUGGAGUUGCCUGAUAGUGAAGCAGCUGAACAACACAGGAAGUUGCAUGGUGGAGUAAAGACCUUUGGCUGUGAGUUCUGCGGAAAGCAGUUCCUGGACAGUUUACGACUGAGGAUGCACAUGCUGUCUCAUUCAGCUGGACCAAAAGCACUAGUAUGUGAUCAGUGUGGCGCUCAGUUUUCCAAGGAAGACGCCCUGGAAGCCCAUCGGCAGACUCACACAGGCUCAGACAUGGCAGUGUUUUGUCUCCUAUGUGGGAAGCGUUUCCAGACCCAGAAGGCUUUGCAGCAGCACAUGGAGAUUCACGCCGGCAUGCGCAGCUAUGUCUGCAGCGAGUGCGAACGCACCUUCCCGAGCCACACAGCGCUCAAACGCCAUCUCCGCUCGCAUACAGGUGACCAUCCGUUUGAGUGCGAGUUCUGCGGCAGCUGCUUCCGUGACGAGAGCACACUGAAGGGUCACAAGCGCAUCCACACCGGAGAGAAGCCUUAUGAAUGUAACGGCUGCGGCAAGAAGUUCAGCCUCAAGCACCAGCUGGAGACCCACUACCGUGUCCACACAGGUGAGAAGCCGUUUGAGUGCAAGCUGUGCCACCAGCGCUCGCGGGACUACUCCGCCAUGAUUAAACACCUGCGUACCCACAACGGUGCUUCACCCUACCAGUGCACCAUCUGCCAGGAGUACUGCCCCAGCCUCUCGUCCAUGCAGAAGCACAUGAAGGCCCACAAGCCUGAGGACGUGCCCCCAGACUGGAGGAUAGAGAAGACCUACCUGUACCUCUGCUACGUUUGAGA